CCAGAGCUUAUCAUCUCUAACCGCAAUUGUUUCAGAAGGCAAGGCUGUGACCUACAUUCUGGAAAGAUGGCCAUUCCUCGAAUCGGCAUCUGUUACAACUACCAUACAUGGUGCAAGACUCCUAAUAUGACGAGGCCUCUAACACACCACUAGAAUAAAUGCUAAAGUAGCGCUUGACAAGGGUAACGAGGCUAUGUUGCCUUUCGCAAUCCACUUAGUGGUGCGGGGAAUCCCCCAGACAAGGCACCCUCGUGGUUAUUUAAGAUCCCAUACAGUCUCAUAUAUUCUGCUUCCAUCUUCUGUACAUGCUACAUAACACUGAUAACUGCAAUAAAAAAGCAAAGGUUGAUAGUCAUUGUCCCAAUGCCAUCGCCUUAUAUUUUCAAGGGGUCUUCCCCCCAAGCAUCCAAUCUUUCUACCCAAGACUUCAACUUCAGUGUCAUUAUACCUUCCGUGGAAGUCGCGGACGAAGACCCUCCUUCAUCAAUAGGGGGUGAACCAACGCCUUCUGCAUCCGACUCCGAAGACUCCAGUCACCGCGCUUACACUCCAAGCCAGAGCACGGCAACUCCUCGUCACCGUGAAAGUCUAAGCUUGGGUGUCACGGAGCCUUUGCAAGCGUUAAAUCUCCAAGGAACUCCUAUAUCGCAUUGGACACCCUCAUGGAGGCAUGAUUCCCGGCGACAGAGUACUGGUUUGUCCCCAGGCAGGUCCACAUCCACGUACGGGCGCUUGUUCAAUGCGACGCCUGAGCCCACACCAGAGCCGUCACGGAUACAGCCUACCUUGAAUCGCGACUCAGCAGUUGACGGCUUAGCGGGUGAUUUAGAGGAUUCUCAUCUGCAUUAUGGAGGGCCUCCAAGCGAUGACGGCGACCAAUUGAGCGAGGGCGACGACGAGGACGGCGACGACGCAACAGACAGUGACGACUCUUCCUUAUACAAUGUGCGAUGCGAACGCUUGCCUCAUGCCCCUAUAUACAAUGCUGGCUUACAGGAAAUCCUGCGAGAUAUCAAAAGCCAGUUAUCAGUCCUCCAAAAUGAUAUAGACCGAUGCCCAUUAUCUCGUGACCGUGAUUCUGAUCUCUUCCAACUGCGCGAGAAGGUGCGCAUGUUGAACGAGCUCGACUGCCCCGAGACGCGCACGGUGGGGUUCAUUGGAAACUCUGGGGUCGGCAAGAGCAGACUGAUAAACUCUCUACUAGAUCAAGAAGGCCUCGCUCGCUCAAGUGGUGAUGGUGCUGCAUGUACCUCGGUAGUUACCGAGUUUCGACACACGGAUGCGCGCCAUCCAAAUCGUUAUUCCAUCGAUGUUGACUACAUGAACGAGGAAGAAGUAAAGGAAUUGCUAGAAGAGCUCGUUCAGAGCUUUAGGAUGUACUACACCGAUCUCUACCGCGAUGUGACUAGCAUAGAAGAGCAAGAAAGAAUCCGUGACCGGUCAACCAGAGCAUGGAGCACACUGAAGUCACUGUUUAGAGAUCAGCCGGGGCUCACACACGAAUUCCUUUCCGACCAGACCGACAGUGCUUUAUCUGGAAUAUUGGAGCGGCUUAAAGAUUGGGCGGCUCAAUCAUGUACGCGACGGCCUGGGGGUGCAGCGCUUCAGCACACCAUUAUUCCGGGUAAUGUCCAAGAAUGUAGAUCUCAUCUUGAUAUGCUUACAAUGGACCCGCGUGGUGAGAGUGAGGUUGCCAUCUGGCCCUUGAUCAAAUUGAUCAGGGUAUACCUUCGAUCGCCUGUCUUGAAAACAGGGUUGGUGUUGGCCGACUUGCCUGGCUUUCAUGACCUGAACUUCGCAAGAGUUCGGGCGACGGAAAGGUACCUCAGGCAUUCAUGCCACGAGGUUUUCCUCGUGGCGCCAAUUUCCCGGUGCGUUUCCGAUCAGAGUAUUGAAGAAAUAAAAAGGCGCUGUGCCCAAGGACAACCCUUGCGUAUAGUGUGCACACGCAGCGAAGAAGUAAAUGCAAGCGAAACGGCUCGCGACUGCCGUGACCUUACGGCGCAAAUCGAGCAGCUACAGAACAGGCUUAAGCAAGUCAAUAAGCGGCUCGCGAGGGAACGAAGCUCUAGGGGGAGACGCGCUGGGAUACUACAACUCAUGGAAAAUCAUGAAGACGCAAAAUUUGAGCUUGACCGAUUUCUGGUUGAGAGCCGAAAUCUGAGGGUCACAAGACAGUUACUUCAAAACCACGGUGCUGAAGUCCGGGUCUUUUGCGUCAGUAACGAAUGGUAUUCCAAGUACCGCCAGGAUGCAAACAGACACGCCGACACCUAUAUCGGGCUAAGCGGUAUUCGAGAACUUCGUCGUUACUGUCAAUUAGUUCCAGCAGAGGCUCAGUUUCGGUUUACAGCUGCGUUUAUAGAGCAUCGGGUGCCGGCUGUUGUGAGAUCCGUAAAGCAAUGGGUCCUUGCAGGUUCAGAUGAUGUAACCGCAGAGAGAGCCGAUGCACUUCUGCAAGUAUUACGGGAUGUGGAGAACGUUUUUCGCGAGAGGCUUAUCCUUCGAAAUUCAGAAAUUCGAGAGUUUCCAAGAAGACUUGAAGAUCGGUUUCGUAACGAGAUCUUCGGUGUGACGUAUGAGUGCUGCCCCUUGUGGAAACGCAGCGCAUUACAGGCUAGCGGGGUUUGGGAACGUUGGAAUCAUGGUACAUAUUCUGCUUUCUGUCGCAAAUAUGGAACGCAUUCUACCCCCGGUGCUGAUGGUUAUCACUGUUGGAAUGAGGAAUUGCUGGGAGGCAUGCAAACCGAUCUCGAAGAACGCUGGGCAUCCAUACAAGAGUGGGUCUGUAUGCAGAAAUCUGUAUUAGAAGAGUCUGUGAGAAGAACAUUUGAGGAGAGCACAGCCCAAAUAGAGGAUAUAAUGCAUCUAGCUCCCCUGGCUCUGAAAAACUUCAUCGACAACAUGGACGACUGGGAGAACUGCGUGAUUGCAACCAUUAACCAGUCUAUAGAUCAAUUACUCCAAGGGUUAAGUCGGGUAGAAACAGACACUCUCCAUGGCCAUGAUAGCUCCUAUAUUGCAGGUUUAAUGCGACCUGUGUAUAAUAAUUGCAACAGUGAAUCAGGUUCGGAAUCUUCCUCGUUAAUAUGAUUUUGUCUCAUGUGCUAUAUACGGAAGCAAUCUAAUUUUGAUGCAGGCAGAGGGUCUGAUUCUCGACGGAAAAUGCUUAUGCAUAGCCACCUCACGAGCUCAAACAUCUUCUUAAACCUCGCUAAUAUCAGCGAAAGCCAACGCCGAGCCAUUGUCAGAGAGAUUUACCAGGAGAUGAAGCACAUGUUAGAUGAGCAAGUAGGCAAUAUUUGUGACGAUCUUCACAGUAUAAUUGCUGAAGAGGGUGAGGUUACGGAGGCAAGGAGGUUCCCUGAAAUGGCGAGUACGCUGCAAUUUAAGGUUGAUGGAGCCCAAGCGACCCUCGAGCGUGCGCAGAGGAUUGUGGACGGAUUGAAGAGCCGACCACAGUGAUGUAUAGCUUUUUUGGAUGAUGUCGGGUAGAUAUUGGACAGUCAGGUAUAUUUUUCCUACUUUCUAUAAGAACUGUCAUACAUAUCCAGACGCUCAAGCAAAGUCCCCCUAGUCUUCUUAGAAUUAUUGAUAUUAUAUGAAAUUAUCCAUACCAAUUCUAAGACUAGCCCCCUUACUUGAAGUAAUAUAGAGCUUAUCUUUAGUAUUCUUACGAAUCCGCGACAUCACUACCCUGAGCCGGUAUCUCAAUCAGCCCUCUCUUCUCCUUCGUCCUCCACUGAACUCCCUUCAGCAGAUUAUAUAAAACAGACAGAGUAGGCAUAGCCACUCCAUUAGCACGACCAACCCGAAGUGGUUCUCCAACAAUACUCUCGAC